ACCCCAGAAACAAACAAAACAAAAAUGGAGGAAAAGGAAAAUUUUGCUAAAUUUCACCCAUCAGAUCACACUGCAAUAAUCAUAAUAAUGCUGUUUCUCUUCCAACAUCUUUUCUGAAUUCUCAUCACUCUCUCUCUCUCUCUCAAAAGUCUUGUGACUGUGAGUGACACAAGAAGAGAGAGAUUCAGAUCACCACCUACCACAGUUGAGUUACACACCUUGCACACAGUUCUUCACAUUUUGACAUUACCCUUUUGCUUCUCUGUGAAAGAGGUUGACAAAGAUUGAAACUUAACUCAUCAAAGCUUGGUGGGUAUUGAUCAUUUUUGUCACCUUGUGUCAUUACAUGAAGAUUCUCAACUUGGGUGUUCAAAAUGCUGCUCAAUGAGGAUGAAAAGUUGCAUCAUGUUGCUGUUGAUAUAGACAAUGGCGGUGGUCACCGGAGCUCUGAAGGGUGUUCCGGCGACCGGGAGGAGGAGGAGCGAAGGGGGUGUUCUGAUGGUUCUGGUGCUGAGAUUGUGGGAGUGUGUGAAAAGGAGAGAGGAAGAGGAUCCUCUGCUUCAGAUUCAGAGUGUUCUGUGGAGGUGGUGGAUCUGGAAGGUGGUGGAGAGGAAGUCACAGAUGGGAAGGUGCAUUUGGCUAAGGUGGAGAGGGAUUGCAGGAUUUGCCAUCUCAGCAUGGAUAUGAGUAUGAGCAAUCAGGAAUCUGGUACUCCCAUUGAGCUGGGGUGUUCUUGCAAGGAUGAUUUGGCUGCUGCUCACAAACAGUGUGCUGAGGCUUGGUUCAAGAUCAAGGGUAACAAAACUUGUGAAAUCUGUGGAUCAAUUGCACACAAUGUAGCUGGCGCUAUUGAAGUUCAAAUGACAGAACAGUGGAAUGAGGCAAAUGAUCCUUCUUUGGCCCCACCAACUGGACCUGCACCCCCGGCCGAAACUCGAAAUUUCUGGCAAGGUCACCGGUUUCUGAAUUUCCUGUUAGCCUGCAUGGUCUUUGCUUUUGUUAUAUCCUGGCUUUUUCACUUCAAUGUUCCCUCUUGAAUUCCAGAGGAUGAAGCAGGUAAGAUGAUGGAGGGUUAUUUAGAACACACUGGUAUCAAACUCAAUACCAUGUGUCUCCAUAGUUGUAUUAGUAGCUGGUAUUUUACAUGUAUGAUGUUCAUAUGUGUAUUUUUCCUGUACUUUUCUUAUUUUGUUCAACCAGGAAUGGUAUCAUGGAUGGUUAUCUUUCUUUCCUGAGUUAAAUUUGUAUAUCAUUGUAGUGUUUUCUCUGCAUCAUGUGGAAAUUAUAUUGGAAUGGAUAUACAAGCUGGACAUGUGGAGAAAAUAUAUAUUUGAUGUUUGUGUUUA